AUGAAGCAGUGGCACAUUUUAUCAGUUUUAUUCCUUAUCAACUCGCUUAUAACUGGAACGAUUGCGCUACCCUAUCAGCAUUUAGUCACCAUUGCUCCGGAUGUCACCCUUGUACCACAAGAAACCGUUGUCGCCACGCAAUUACAGGUGGCGCCUAGAGCUGAUGGCACGCGCGACUAUGAAUUCAAAGAUGUGCCGGUAAUUUUAAGCGCGCGUAAUAUGGAAUUGAUGCCUGCGGAAGAACAAGUCGUUGAAAAAGAAAGCGUAAACGAAAAAGUACAAGAAAAUGUAGAAAUGAUAAAUGGAGAAGUAAAAUUGCAGACAGAAACAGAAAAGUCAAAUGAAGAUGCAAAUAGUUUGAAUUCAGCGGGUGAGGCAGUACAACCCGCAGUUAAUAAAAUCGACGAAAGCACUAAAAGCUUGCAAGAUGUUGAGCAGAGUCCCCAAAGUGUCGUUACAGCGGUGAUAAAACCCCCCAAAUCAAAGCGUCCUGCAAUCAUUGAUAGCGGUAAUCCCAUUUAUAUUACAAUUCCGAUUUAUGUGAAUUCUGAGCCUGGGUUGCCAUUAACACUUUCAGUAGGUAGUCAGGAGAUCGCACUCAAAGGAAAUAAUCGUCAAAGGCCAGCAA